GUAAGCCUUUAAUAUUUUUAAAGGCGAAUGAAAAACAUCUUGCAGAGUGGUUACGAGUCAUUUUUGCUAUAAAGGGGGAUUUAUUGUGCUUAAAACUUUUGGUAAAGGACGUGUUACUAUGGAUAUGGAAGGAUUUCCUCCCCCACCACCCACUGAAGUUUUAGAAAAUGAAUUAACAGCCAGUGCUACCAAUGAAGAAGAGGAGGAAGGAGAACAGUUUGAUUUCGAUAGUGGGGAUGAAAUACCAGAAGCUGACAGACAAACCAUUUUGCCAUCUAUUUAUGGUUCUAGGAUUAAUGCUGAUCAAGAACAGCUGAAUUCUUCAGGGAUUGUAGAAAAUGUAGCUGGAACUGAGAAAAUGCAGAGAGCUGAAGCCAAUUCAGAGGGGGCUCUACCAAGGGUAAACCCUUACUCUGUCAUAACCAUUUCACCAGUGGAAGAAAAGGAGCCAUCAUUGUCACCAGAGCCAAGUCCACAAGAUGGAAGUAUAAGCCCUAGUCUGUCAGGCGGAUAUUCUGUUCCUGUACCCUGUGGCUAUGCUGUACCUUCAAAUAUACCACUGAUUUUGCCAGCAUACUCCAGUCCUGUUAUAAUACGCAGCAUAUCUUUGGAUGAAGAAGCAAAUGUUCAGGCAGUAGCUGAAGACUGUCAUUCUAAUUCUCAGAGUUCUGAGGAUCCACAGAACAGUGAAGAUAAUCAGGGGAAUAAAGAUGACAAUACCUUAGUCAAUCCUCCCAAAACUGAGUGGAUGGAGAGCAAGUAA